AUGAUUGAAGAAAAAGAAAAAAAAGAAGUAAAACAAAUGAAAGAAAGUAUCAAGACACUCUAAGCCAAUCUUAUAGACAAACUUGAAAAUUCGAAGAUGACUCCCUAAAAAAUUACUGAGCUAAUUAAAAUGGUACAAGACAUUUGUGCUUCCUCAAUUGAAUUUUAAGAUGUUUAAUUUAAAAGAAAAGAAAUAGAAUUAGAAGAUAAAUUAAAAUUAAUAGAUAAUGAUUUGAUAUAAUUGAUAGAAUUGAAUAAAAAAAAGAGAGGAUUUAUGAAUUUUUUUUCUAAUAAUAAUGAAAUUAUAGAGAAGCAAUAAGAAAUUUGCUCAAAAAUAUUAGAAUUUUUUAAUGAAACCUAAUCAUACUUUUAAGAUUGUGCUCUAAUAACUUCAAGUGCUUUUGUUAGACAAAAACAGUAUAUAGAUAUUGAUUUCAUUAAUAUUGAAACCAAUUUCAUUGUUAAUCAUCCAAAGUUUCUGCCAAUAAAAUCUAAAAUGAAUUUAAUGUUGAAAAAAGAUCUUUACACAGAUGUUUAUGAACUAGACAUAUAUAAAAGAGACCUAAUAAAAAAGAUAAUUGAUAAAGCACAAUAACCAUUAAAUGAAACUUAGAUUCAAUACUUGGAAUAAUUUGAUAAAAAAAUAAAUAACCAAUUUGUCUUUAAAGUAAGUUAUUCUAGACAAACUUAAUUACUUGCACUUUUAUUGGAAAACGGUCCAUAUAUCAUCACUACGAAUCCAGAAUAGAACAGAAUAUACCUAUGUAAAGGGAUGAGCUUGAAGUUCUUCCCAAAUCAAACCCUAAAGGUUUUGGAGACAAAUUUGAAUGUAGAGAUCAAGUAACAUUUUUAAGGUGUGACUGUAAGUAAUGGUGAACCAUUAAAUCAGAAUGUUUAAAUAGCCAAUUAUGGUUACAUUAAAUUUUGGUACUAAGAAAUCGAUACAAAGAUGGAGAAACAGUAAACUGUGAAUAAAGAUAAGAAUGAGCAAUAGCCAAUGCCAAUGCCAUCAAAAGGGUCCACAUUUGAGUUUUAUUUGAAAAAUUCAAGUUAAUCAUUAGCGGAUACCGUUCCCUCUAUACAUGCAACAUUAUACCAUGAUACAGAGGGAUUUUAUAUUCUGCCUAUUAAAACAGAGUUCCAAACCUACUAUCAUCUUUAUUAUGAUAACUACAUACAAAUUGAAACUGAAAAAUACAACUUUGGAUUUCAGAUUAAAGGAAAAGGGUGGAUUUAGGUCAUUACUGAGAAGAUGAAAUCAGAACACAUUUAAUGA